GCACCGGUGAGGCAUUCUUCUGGGUAUGAGAGUUGCGCGUGGCAAGACUUCUCUGGUGGAGCCAUCAAUGAUGCCUGAUAGCGCUCGCUGUUCUUGCUUGCCAAGAUCGUAAUCGUUCCGAGUUCCUGACUACAAAACUGCAUGAACAAUGUAUGCCAUCGUAGAGGUGCCUUCAUCCCGGGGUUUCUACACCGUCCCUCAUAGUUGCUUUUCUCUUUCUCCCCUCCCCUCCCCCUUCAUCGCCGUGCCAAGUAGUUGAAUAAUGGCAAUCCUCCUGGACAAAGCCUACCUCACCGCCAUUUGGCUAGAGACUGUGUUCUAUGGCAUGAAUUUCGUACUCUUUUGGGUCUGUAUCUUUGUCCUCACCUACAAACGACGAACACCCAAAAUCAACAAAUUCUUGGUAUCUGUCGCUGUCGCCAUGUUUGUGUUCUCCACCGCGCACGUAUCGUUAGGUUUCCAAAGGCUUAUUGAGGGAUUCAUAAGGCGGAGGGACUGGGAGGGUGGUCCUGCCGCUUUUUUCUCGGACGUAUCCAUUCCGGCGAAUGUAGUGAAGGUCGGGAUACACACGGUCAACUCCAUCAUAGGAGAUGGCGUGGUUGUCUGGCGAUGCUGGCUGGUCUGGGGUCGCGAUUGGAAGAUGUGCGUUGUACCGAUCUUUCUAGUCAUGGCAUCUGCAGCCUGCGGGUUUGCCCAAACCGUCUACUUCGCGAAAGAAAAGGCCUUGCGGAGUGCCUUCGCACACAUCCUUCAAAUAUGGAACGGCUCUCUCUUCAGUCUCUCACUUGCAACAAACGUCACUGUCACUCUUUUGAUUUCACUACGAGUUUGGUAUAUGCUUCGCGAUGCCGGUGGAAAGAUGCAUUUCAGAUACUGGAGGGUCCUCUUGAUCGUCAUCGAAUCGGGCAUGAUCUACUCCGUGGCCCUCAUCUGCGAACUCACAUUGUAUUUCCUCAACUCCAACGCGUUUUAUAUCGUUUAUGAUCCUAUCGCUCAACUUACGGCUAUCGUACCCACGAUGAUCCUGGUUCUCGCCGGUCUUGAACUGACAUCUAACGAUGUUCAUUCACGCCUGACCAAAGUCUCACAGCCCGUCUUCCGAGCAGGCGGACCCACGUCCUCAUCCGACACAAGCAAGUACACAAGUAACGUGCAACUCGAGUCUAUGCAAUUCGCAACUCGAAGCAUAUUGUCAAACAGGGAAUUGCGAACUACUGACUUGACUGAAAGUACAUUUGGUGACGACCCACAUAUAGGCAAGCGGGUGUGACGCUUUUCGUCUACUUGUUGGUGUAGACCUUUUGGGCAAGUCCGGCCUUUGAGAUUUCGUAUUUGCACGGACUAUAGGUCCAAGUUGGGAUAUGUUGAGAGGAAGUGAACAGCAUGUUGUAUUGCUUGCCUGGACUCUAUCUGUCAUGCUUCCUAUGUAGAAUGCAAUCUGUAGACGUAGAUGUAUCAAUAUACCCAUACCGAGGUUAUUUAUGGCUCUGGAUCUAAAACUGUUGUGUCCCCAA